AUGCUUCAAGCUAAGGCUGUUGAAUUUCACAAAAGAUUUAAGGAUGGCGAGGAAAAUUUUACCGCAAGUGUCGGUUGGCUCGACAGAUGGCAACUGAACAUUUCGGGUAAAAAAGUUUCGGCCGAUUCAUCGGAAAUUGAGCCGUUUAAUUUAAAAUUGAGAGAUCUCAUUUUAGAGCAUGGCCUUACGUCAGACCAAAUCUUCAAUUGUGACGAAACGGGCCUCAAUUUCAGAAUGCUUCCAACCAAAAAAUUGGCAACUCAAAGCAAACAAAUGCGCGUGGAUGCAAAGAACGAGUAA